GCUCCCUGCUGCAUUCCACUUGCUGGUCUUUCAGUUCGCCUCUGCUGCAGAGACUUCAGCCUCAUGUGAUUAUCAUUCAGGAAAUUCCUUGGCAAGCAUAUUUACUACCAGACUGCCACAAGCAGAGGAAGACAGAGACUCUCUAGUUACAGCAAAGGAAGAAAUCUGUACUUCAGCUUUAUUUAGGAAAAAAGCAUUGCAAAGUAUUUCCAAUCACCCUGCAUCAGUGGCUUCAGACUAGAUAUUGAUUGAAUGCUACUUGGCUCAGCAUGGGCUGGUCUGCAUUAUCAUGGAUUUCUUCGUGCUCUCACCUUUAACAACCGUCUGCUCAUCAAUGAUAGCCAUCACACAGCUGCCUUUCCUCUGAAGAGAACAAGUCUUUGUGGUUUGAAACACCUGCUUAGAAUCACAUCAAGAUCUCGUGGUCUGUUGCUUUUUGGUUUCUGUGGCAAAUCAUCAACCUUUUCCCUUUGCCCAGUCAUGGGAGGAUGUUUCUCAAAGCCAAAACCAGUUGAAGUCAAAGUUGAAGUGAUGGUCCCUGACAAGGAGAAGGAGAAAGAAAGUUUUUCACCCAAUGGCAAAGUCAGCCCCAUGCCCACAUGCAAGGCCAAUGGGAGCACGAAGCACAUGGAGGAGCGGCCCGUCACUGUUGACCUCUAUCAAAAUCCAAAGGACAUGGUGGAGGUGGCAGUGUGCCAUGUGAACGAGCUCCAGAAUGGACAGAUGCGAGAGGUGGAUGUGGCCUGUGGCAAAGCCCUGCUGAUUAAGGAGAGGGGAGAAUAUUGUGCUAUAGGACAUAAGUGUCCCCAUUAUGGAGCACCCCUGGUAAAAGGUGUUUUGACCAAUGGGAGAGUUCGAUGCCCAUGGCACGGGGCUUGUUUUAAUGUUGCAACUGGUGAUAUUGAAGAUUUUCCUGGAUUAGACAGUUUACCAAAGUUUCAGGUCAGAAUAGAGAAGGAGAAAGUAAAUGGUGCAAAGCGAGCUCUCCAGUCACAGAAGCGGGUGAAAUGGAUGGCCAGGUGUGCGACUUUGAGUGAGAGUAGUUUCAGCAACACCGAUGUGCUCAUCAUUGGGGCAGGCCCUGCUGGAUUGGUCUGUGCAGAAACACUGAGGCAGGAAGGCUUCACUGAGCGGAUUGUAAUGUGCACUAUGGAGACGCACCUACCCUAUGACAGGCCUAAACUAAGUAAGUCCCUUGAAUGCCAGGCUGAGCAGAUCACUCUGCGCUCCAAAGAAUUCUUGUUGCAGUAUGACAUCGAAGUGCAAACAGGAAGGGAGGUGGUCUCAGUGGAUGUAAAGAAUAAGGUGGUCCACUUCAAGGAUGGUCUCAAGAUGGAGUACAACAAGUUGCUGAUUGCAACAGGGAGCAGGCCUAAACAGCUCCAGUGCCAAGGGGCAGACUUAGAGAAUGUGUAUCAGCUCAGGACACCUGAGGACGCAAACUGCAUUGCCAAGCUGGCCAACAACAGGAACGCUGUCAUAGUGGGAGCUUCUUUUAUAGGCAUGGAAGUAGCCGCAUACCUCACUGAUAAAGCCCACUCUGUGUCUGUCAUUGGCAUUGAAAACAUCCCUUUCAGGAAGGUGCUGGGAGAGAAGGUUGGACGAUCCAUAAUGAAAAUGUUUGAAACCAAUCGGGUGAAAUUCUAUCUGCAGAAUGAGGUCUCAGAGCUGCGAGGUCAGGAUGGAAAGGUGAAAGAAGUUGUUCUGAAAAGUGGAAAAAUCCUUCGAGCAGAUGUUUGUGUGGUUGGAAUUGGGGUUGUUCCAGCUACAUUAUUCCUGAAGCAGAGUGGAAUCAAUAUGGAUUCUAAGGGCUUCCUUCCUGUCAACAAGCUCAUGCAGACUAACGUGCCUGGGGUCUUUGCUGCUGGUGAUGUCGUCACUUUCCCGCUGGCCUUUCGCAACAAUAAGAAGGUGAAUGUGGGUCACUGGCAGAUGGCUCACAUGCAUGGUCGAAUAGCUGCCCUCAACAUACUGGGAAAAGGAAUAGAGAUUAACACAGUGCCGUACUUCUGGACAGCAAUGUUUGGGAAAAGUAUUCGCUAUGCAGGUCAUGGAGAAGGAUUCGAUGAUGUCAUCAUUCAAGGCGACCUGGACGAGCGGAAGUUUGUGGCGUUCUACACUAAGAGCGAUGAGGUAAUUGCUGUGUCAAGCAUGAACUAUGACCCUAUUGUGUCCAAAGUAGCGGAGGUCAUGGCAUCUGGGAGGACCAUCAAGAAGAGGGACGUUGAGAUAUUUGUACAUCGUGGCCGGACAGGUGACAUGUCUUGGCUCUUUGGCAAAGGUACAUAGUGGAGAUACUGCCAAUGGGCCCUGUGCCCUGGGCAAAGCCACAGCUUGGAACAGAUCUCAGCGGCUCAGUUGGACAGUCCUUUCUGGAGCACAAUAUCAUCAGCAGUAGGUUGUGCUGUGCUGAGAUGGAUGGUGGGGCUAGUAUGAUGGGAGGGGGUAGGAGCACGCACUUUACAAAUGGUCAAGCCCCUUGGCACUUGCCGUCUUUCUUGAACCAAGGUGGUUGUCUCCAAUUCUAAAUAACAGGAAUGCCUGUAGUGAGCAGAGGGUCAUCCUUACAGCUCAAUGUUUCACUACGCAUGAGGACUCACCAAAUACAUAAUAUAGUCAGAAGCAAGCAGAACAGUUCCUUACUCAAGUGUGCCAGCCAAAGGUGAAGAAUGCCAGGUCUUCUCACCCGUGCCCCUUCCUACACACUUGACCCGAUCCUGAACAUGGCCCCUGCUGCAUGUUUCACCCUGCCAAUGUUGAGAGUGACUGACUCUGAAUAUUACUGUGUUGGGUCCACAGCUCGCUGUAUUGAGGAACAGGUGGUCACAGAACAACUCAGACAAGACUCUUACACAUUUGAUCAUCUAAAAAGACUGGUGUGGCUUCUGUUAAUCAAUAAUGAGAAAUCAGCUUUUAAGAAAAAGGUCCUGUAUGUGGUUCUUUCUGACAUUGUGUUCCUUUGGCAGUACAUCUGCUGAUCCUGGCAAGCAUGUUUCAGCAUCUAACACAAUUAAAAAAAAAGGACUGGGCAAGGUGGUAAUGCAAUUAUUCUAAUCAUUUGGAAUUCUGUUAAAAUUAAAGAAACUUAAAUCUUGUAUGACUUCUGUCCAUUUCAAUGACCAAUGAACUGUAGUCAUUGUUGUGAAGUAGGAAAUAGAACAGGUAAAUUCUUGUAAACAUCAA